UCUAGAAUUGCAAGGGUCGUGGGUUCGAAUCCAACCCGAGUUAUCAUGCGUGUGAUAAUUUGUCUGCUUAAGGAGCUCUAUGAAAUUAGGCCCUGGUCUUUCCCUUCUUCCUCCCGUCUUCAUCCCUGUAAGACUAUACAAUUACAACUAUCAUUUGUCUUCAGUUUAUGGCCUCAUCACUUUUUCAUUUGUUCUUUUAAUUCAUUGUUUUAUUAUAAAUUUUGUUAGAGGUCUUAGCAGAUUUUUUCGAUCUGAGAUGAAACCAUAUGACGUUUCCAUAAUUAUUGUUGUUGUGGGUAUUAUUGUUAACUAAGACAUGUCAAAUAUUAUUUAUGUUGUGGUGUAAUUAAAUAAUUCAUUAUGUUUUCUUCGCCAGUGGAGGGUUUGGGUGGCGCAGCAGACAUACCGUUUUACGUGUUAGCAAAAAAACAAAACAUUUAUGCUUGCCAAGAAACUGUUACAGCCAAACUGCCAUGUCAUACCGAACUAGUUUUGACUGGUAUCCUGCUAUUAUAAAAUAUUAUUUUGGUUAGCAGAAAAUGUGUAAAGAACAUUUUCUUCGAGCAGCCCAGUGAACGGGUUUUCCCUUCAUAGAUCAUCAUCCAUGCAACACCGCGACCUUUAGCUUAUUGGUUGGAUGAAUACGCAAGUACAUGAGAUCAAACCGUAGUCAAUAGAAAAAAACUAUUUCACAUUUUAAGGUCACGGCCACGAUGGGCGUUUCACUAUACAUUGCUUGUGUGUAUUGCGUAUAUCACGAUGUCAUUGAUGUUGAUCAAAACUACGAGAACUUCAGACGCAGUGUGGGGGAUGGGGGAUUUGGCUCAUCUGUUUGCUGAACUAUUUUAACAGGUGCACCGUGAAUAGUCAUGGAGACCGAGAAUAACCACACACCCGAGACCGAAGCAGCCGCUAACUACUUCAGACGUGUUUUGGCCAGUGCACUGAACCCUCUUUUAGAUCAGGUCGAAUACCAAGAUCGAGAAUCUAAGUUUGACGACGUGAAGGAGUCUCUGAGAAACAUCACAAAGUUAUACAAAACGGCACUGAAUCAAACCACGUCUGGCUCCCGAUCUGACUGGAACGAUGCGGGUAACCGUUGCGCUUACGUGUUUGUGUAUUUCAUGCAGCACUGCCAUCUAGUCCACUACUCGCUUCAACAAAUCCAAGCUGAUAUCUCGAAAAAUUGGCAAAAUAAGAGUAGUCUGAACGUCUGCAGCAUAGGUGGUGGUCCUGGAUCGGAUCUUGUUGGGCUGACCAGAUUCCUUACGGACGCAGCUUUAUUUCCACCCUCACUUACUUGUGUGGUUUUGGAUCUGUACCCUAACUGGAAGCAUACUUGGGGGUCAGUCUACGACCAACUGCCUGAAACAUUUGACGUAACCUACCGUAAAUGUGAUCUUGUUAACACGGCAGCGCUGCAAGAUGACAUUCUACGCUUUGUUGGAAAGGCCCACUUGCUGACUUUCGUGAAAUCUUUCUCGGCAGUGGCUUCAUUCUUACGGCAGGAUCAAAGACGAGGUGACCGCCUUCGAGCUAUUCUUCGCGCGUUGAAAGGGGGCACGUAUGUACUGUACAUUGACAAUACACACUGGGACAAAUCUUUCUUAAAUAAUUUCGCUUUACCCGCCGGUCUUAAAGUUGUGUUUGACCUUUGUGGCAAGCAAACUUUGCCAUUUGGUCAACAUUCACACACGAUUAGAGAAUUCAGUCACCACCUUGAUUUCAGACCAAUGCGAAACUGCGAUGUGACGAUCUGGAUUUUGUACAAAAAUAAAUCCGUUCGGAGCAAUGUUCAGUCCACCGAGGCUUGCAGACAGGGUCGAUUGCAUUUACCCGUUCCCGCCCGCAUGCCUUCCGCCCAAUCUGUUCCAAAUACAGGUAGUCUAUCACAACAUUUUGUACAGCCAAGAGCAGCUCCGAAAUAUCAGUCAACGGUAGAUACUUCUUAUAAGUACGCCUAUCCGACACCAACUGUUCCAACACCAGCCACACCAACUGUUCGUCAUCAUCAAGAUCACACACCUCGGAUAAAUGAAGAGUACCAACCAACAAGGCCUUGCAUGGCUCAGACAAGUGAAGAUGCCAGAAAACAGACAAAUUACCGAAUUAGCGCUUGGAAGACAUUUAAGCGUUGCUUUUGUUGUACUCGCACAGACGAGUUUGAGAAUGAAUAG